GUGGAUGUCUUCAGCAAGGGCGCCGUGCAUGAUAUCGGCUGAUGUUCUUUUUUUUUUCUUUCUUUCUCUUCUUUCCUUUUCUACAUUCUUGAUCCACGGGCGAUCAAGGCUUGUUUCGUUCUGCCAGAUUGUGGUCCUCGCGUCGUCUCGGCUCAUUCGCACCAAUGUCGGGUCCCUGCUCGUCAAAUUCAACCCAGACCCGGCAACUUUGAACCGGUUCUAGAUUCCGCCAUUCUCCAGCCUCGAGGCGAGGUGGUAAACGCCGCGCUGACGGGAUUGUGGAUUCGGGAGCACCCUCCGUCGCGGCUAUUGUUGGCUCAAUAGGAUCACGCCGCAGUAUUACUGAGUGGAUGAGAGAGAAACAGAAGAAACAAAAAGAAAAAAAUAAACACCCACACACACACACACACACACCCACA